UUUUCCCGGCACUCCCCGCGAGGCCCCGGCGUUUGGGGUCACCUUUCCGAGCCUUUCCCCUCCCGCCGUUCUCUGCCGCCGGCCCAGGCUCCCGCGCGCCGCCCUUGUUUGCAGAAGCCAGCCACGAAAUAAAUGCCUUGCGUUUGAAAAUUACCCCUCCAGUCACCCCAGCUCAACGAUAAGAUGUUCCAGACCUUCAUAAAAAAUGUUUGGACUCCAUUGAAGCCCUAUUAUACCCAGGUUUACCAGGAGAUCUGGGUAGGAAUGGGUGUGAUGGGGUACAUUGUUUACAAAAUCAGAAGUGCUGAUAAAAAAGCCAAAGCUUUGAAAGGUUCGGGUUCAGCUGCUUCAGCUCAUGGACAUCAUUAACAGGAUUUACCUUAGGAUUGUGCGUAAUGUGAAACAUCAGGCUGGCUGUAAAUUUGGGCAUUUGACGAUAGAAGAAAGAAUGCAAGGAUUUCCCAUAUUAACUCUUAGGCUUUCACAGUGAAAUAAAGUCAUAUAUAGACAAAUAAAUUAUUGUGUUCCAAUUCAAUUAAGAUAUCCCUUUUUUAUCUGGUUCGCACAACUUUAAUCUCUGUAUACAUUGCAAAUCCAACAUUUGUUUUGUAAUGUAUCUGGUGGAUUAAAUGUAAUAACCGCUAAAAUAAAAUGAUUAAAAUUUUUGGAAAUAUCAAA